UCAAAAAAGCAGCGCGUUUCGAAACUCUCUUCAUUUCGUCACGCUUUUCAAAAAGAGAGAAACACACACACACACACUACCAAAGCAGAAGCGAAAUCGGAAAUUCCGAUAUGAUCGAAGAGCGGCGCGCCGGCCCUCCGCACGCAGCGAUACUGGCGGCGGUGGUGGUGCUGGUGAUGGUGGUGCCGACAUUGCUCGGCGACCAGGGCGAGGCGGUGACGGAAUUCGUCGCGGAGAUGCUGAGCCCCGUAGGGCUGCUGCUCCUGCCGAUCGUCCUCCUCCUCACCAUCCAAUUCCUCUCCUCCGACACCGGAUCCUUCGUCUCCGCCGUGUUCUCCACCGGCGAGCCUAAUUCCAUCCACCGCGCCAGCGGAUCGCCGCUCGGAGUCGCGUUCGUGCUCGUCCUCGUCCUCUUCCUGCUCUACAACAGAGUCUCGAUCUUCGGCGGCGACGACGACGGCGGCGAUUGAAGCUCUCCGAUCUGUAAACCGAUUUUUCCGUUGGUUUUGGGAUCUGCAUUUUGUUCCUUUUUUUUUUAAUUGUUUUUUCCUUCUUUUUUUUCGUGAGUUUAUUUUUCUGUAUAAUACAGUUGAGCUAGCUCGUGUAUGAACAUGUGCAGUGUGUGAAAUGACGAGAUUAGCCCUUUUGUUGA